AUGAGACCUCCAGUGCCAGAUGUUGCGCUGCCUCGAUCUCGCAAGGCCUCCAUCGAACAGCAGUGGAUCGAUCCCCGCAGUGCCGCCCCCGCGACCUUCUUUCUGUCCCGCAAUCACGGUCUCGACCACGAUGACGACCUCUCCUCUGAUGAGCCCGAUGCCUCCAGGACGAGUAUGUACGGAGUACAGAGCCUUGAAGAAAGUAUCCUCCAGACUAGUCAAACUGCGUCCGUGUCCCAGUCAGAUCAGAUAGUUGGUAGUAAGGCCGCCGGAGUGGAACCGAUUUCCACCUCUCAAUCUCCCAACCGCGACGAUAAGGAGGACGAUGACGACCAGCUUUCCGGACUCAACCGCCGCAGGUCUACGCUCAAGCCCCUCGAUACUAUUCAUUCUAAUAGACUGGAUGCCUCUAUUACCUCGGACCUGAUCUCUCCCCGGCCCUUCACCCCCCUGAAUCUCAGCAACCCCGACGACCCUUCAUCUCUCCCUAGCAGUCCCAAAUCUACUUCGAACCAAUCUAUGCGCCACCUAGAUGAGAUCUCGAUCACGGAUGACUUGAGUAGCCAGGCGGUUGCCUCUGGAGAAGAAGACGAUGAUGCUCGAUCUAUCCACAACUCAGAGCACGAUAGCACAUCCCAGUUUAUCAUGCCAAGCAUCAAGAUGCCUAGUCGGAGACCCUUCACAUCGCGCGGGAAGUCACUCGGAAGGUUCAAAAUACUUGUUGCGGGCGCUUCUGGCUCUGGGAAAUCAUCUCUCAUUAGGUCGAUCGUCCAGGCUUGUGAGGACAUUGUACAUGUAGACGACUUUCCACCUACCGAUACCUCGACACCGUCGCGGACAUCUCUUACGACGAUCCAACUAUCUCAGGCACAUCGACUACCGUUGUCAACUACAUCGGAGAUCUACGCCAGUACCAAGCCGUACCCAUCCUGGUGGUCAGACUUGGAAGACUCACGCGUGCUGCGCCGUAGGAGAAGUACAGGUGAUGUAGUUCUAGAACGCAAUAUCUGCUUCGUUGAUACACCUGCAACUUCGCUGAGUCGCACCGGACAAGUGGAUGCCAUCAUACAUUACAUACGUCAACAGCUAUUCCGCGCAACAACAGCUAUUGAUUCUUGCAAUCACGACUUCCAAAACCUGCUUGCAGGGCAGGGUGGCACCCAAGUUGAUGCUGUACUUUAUCUCGUCUCUGCAGAUACCUUUGUGGCAGACAUGGAAUGCAUCGACUUGCUAUGCGAAUGGACCAACGUCAUCCCUCUGAUAUCCAAGGCUGACUUGUUGGCUCCUGAGCAGAUCUCUGCACUUAAGUCGGGGUUCCACAAGCAUACGCAAGCCACUCCGGCCAAGCCCUUCCUUUUCGGAAACACAGGUCCUGGGGCAGAUGACUUUGACGGACAGUUGCCUUUUGCAGUAUCCUCGGCCAAAACCAGUGAUGAAGAUGUUAUGGAUGCUAGCACUUUAAUGAGCCCCGACUAUGUCCAACCCCUGGUGCCCUCCGAAUUGACUUUGUUAGUCCAGAGGUUAUUCGACGCCGAGAAUAUCAUUUGGAUGCGACACUCAGCUGCAAAGAAACUAGCCCAACAGCAACGAGAGCAUUUCUGGCAACACCCAACUCGCCAACCUAGUACCCAACCAAUUAAUCAUGGCUCAAGCCGGGGUUCGCCCAGCUACACUAUGGCUCGGAUAGCAGAUCACACGCGACAGGAAGAGAAAAUGGCCCGUUUGCAGUUGGCAAAGUGGGCAUCUGAGUUGCAGCAAAGCCUUAAGAAUGAACGAGAGAGAUACGCUGCCAUGGCAAGGGGCGAGCGUGCCAUCUGGCUCACGGAACGGUUAGGCGAGUGCGUAGUAGACGGAUCUCUGGUCCCCAUUACACAAACGCCAGGCUUUUGCGGACUCCGAGCUCCCUUGGAGAAAGCAAGCGGGGGCAGUCUUCUUGUUCGAGCGCAAAGUGGGCAGAAUGUAGAGUAUCGCCUUGCCCGGAUUCGCCCGCAAGACCCUCUGGGACUUGUCUGGUUGUCCGAGGACCUCAAGCGGCGGGGCUGGGCCAUCGUUCAGAUCGUGGGCUCCUUUGGAGUUGUCGGGGGGCUGGCUCUUUGGCUUGCUAAAGCAUGGGGACUAUCCUCGCGCAGUCUGUCUGAAUGGCAUUUUGACUGGUGCGGUUCGACUGAUUGA